GUCAGCUGCGGGGGCCGCCGGCCCGCGGCGAUCUGUGGACGGCGGGGCCAGCUCGGCGCUUGGGUGCCCGGCAGCCGCCUCUGCGCCGUCCCGCGGGCCGGGCAUGGGCGCAGGCAUCGGCGGCGGCACGAUGAGCACCCUGGGCAGCCCUGUCCGCGCUUACGACUUCCUGCUCAAGUUCUUGCUUGUGGGCGACAGCGACGUGGGCAAAGGCGAGAUCCUGGCAAGCCUGCAGGAUGGCGCGGCCGAGUCCCCGUACGGCCACCCGGCGGGUAUCGACUACAAGACCACCACCAUCCUGCUGGACGGCCGGAGGGUGAAGCUGCAGCUCUGGGAUACAUCCGGGCAGGGAAGAUUUUGUACCAUAUUCCGCUCCUACUCUCGGGGCGCACAGGGUGUGAUCCUGGUCUAUGACAUCGCAAACCGCUGGUCCUUUGAUGGCAUCGACCGGUGGAUUAAGGAGAUAGACGAGCACGCCCCUGGCGUCCCUAAAAUCCUGGUGGGAAACCGCCUGCAUCUGGCCUUCAAGCGGCAGGUCCCCACAGAGCAGGCACAAGCCUACGCGGAGCGCCUGGGAGUCACCUUCUUCGAGGUCAGUCCUCUGUGCAACUUCAACAUCACCGAGUCCUUCACGGAGCUGGCCAGGACCGUGCUGCUGAGACACGGGAUGGACCGGCUCUGGAGGCCGAGCAAGGUGCUGAGCCUGCAGGACCUGUGCUGCCGCGCGGUGGUGUCCUGCACGCCCGUGCACCUGGUGGACAAGCUCCCGCUGCCCAUGGCCUUGAGGAGCCACCUCAAAUCCUUCUCCAUGGCCACCGGCCUGAACGCCAGGAUGAUGCACGGCCGCUCCUACUCCCUCACCACCAGCUCCACCCACAAGAGGAGCGGCCUCCGCAAGGUGAAGGCCACCCGCCCACCCCAGAGCCCGCCCAGGCGCUGCCCCAGGAACAGCUGCAAAGUCUCCUGAAGAAGGCGCCUGAGCACAGACGCCGGCCCCUCCGGGAGAGAUGCCAAGCCGUCCCACGCGGGGCGGACGCGGGACAGACGCGGGAGCCCAUUCCAGGCCC